AUGUAUUCUGCCGGUCUCAUUACCGCCGCCUUCUCGGUUCUCGCCCUCACCGACGCCCGCCCUACUCCGGGCGGCGCCUUCUCUGCCCCAAUCAAGCUCGAUAAACUCCAUAACCGUAACCUUGGCGUGCGCUCAAAUGGAGCCUACAACCUGCCUAUCAAGCACGAUGGUGGUGGCCGUGUCCUCAACGCCCACGAAGCGCGAGACAUCGCUGCUGCCAACACCAAGCACGUCAGAAGUCGCUAUGAGGAGCGCGCUGAAGAGGCCGACGUUCGCUUGGUUAACUGGCGUCGCGACUUCAUGUACUCGGUCGACAUUGAGCUCGGCACUCCUCCCCAGACCUUCACUGUACACCUUGACACAGGCUCUGCGUCGACCUACGUCAUGACCAAGAACUGCUCGAUUAGGGCGUGCACAACAAACAACAUCCCCCUCUUGGACUUUGAAGCGUCGUCGACCUUUGAGAUCUGGAACACGACUGCCCGCAAGACGUUGUCGUAUGGUUCUGGCUUCGCAUCCGGUGACUGGGCCAACGAUACCAUGGCAGUUGGCCCAUUCAAGGUUGAGAAGCAGGCAUUCCUGGCUGUGUACAACACCGAUUCGAGCUACGUCGGUACAAACUCCUCGGGCCUUCUCGGUCUCGGCUUCCAAGGCAUCACAGGGGCCAAAGAAGUGCCUUGGUGGCAAGCCGCAAUGGACCAGUGGGACGACAAGCGCUUCGGAAUCUACUUGGAGCGCGCCAACCUGAACGAACAUCCGCCUUCCACCCAUGGAAACUCGAGCACCGGCAUGCUGCCGACACCCGGCGGCAUGCUCACGCUCGGCGGAGUCGCUGAGGAGCUGUACACUGGCGAGGUCAACUACCUCCCCGUCACUGAGAAGCGCUACUGGAUGGUCGACUUUGACGGCGCCAAGGUGAACGGCAAGGCCAUCACCCUUACUGGCGCCAAGCGCGCUGUCUUCGACACCGGCUCAACUCUCAACUACUUUCCCGCUUCUUACGCCAAGGAAUUCUUUGCCCAGAUCCCCGGCGCCGUCGAGGCCCCUGAAAUGGGCGACGGGAUGUGGUCUGUGCCUUGCAAGACGGACACCAAGGUCCAGUUCACCUUCGGCGGUGUCGACUACGACAUCUUCCCUGACGACUUCAACUUUGCCAUCUACAACGAGACGGAGGGUACAUGUUUGUCGCAGAUCACUGGCCAGAGCCCCUUCCCCAUCGCAGAGUUCUUGUUCGGCGACGCGUUCAUGAAGAGCGUCUACACCAUUCACCGUCCCGAGCCCGCUGCCAUUGGCCUGGCCCAGCUCGUCAAGCAGGGCACGCCGUACACUGGCUGGCCAGAGUACAAGGGCAACAGCACCACUCCAGCUCCCACCACCGGAACGAACUCCAGCACCGGUGUCGAGACCCCCACUCCCUCGUCGAACAGCUCGGUCUCCCUGCCAUCCACCCCUGUGUCAUCUUCGAGCACGACGCUUACUCCCUCAUCCAGUACUACUCCUGUACCCUCGUCCAGCUCGUCGGCGCAACCGUCUUCUAGCUCGUCUACCACACCGUCACCUAGCUCGUCCGCUGAGCCUCUGCCGAGCUCGUCCGCUGAGCCUCUGCCGAGCUCGUCCGCUGAGCCUCUGCCGAGCUCGUCCGCCGAGCCUCUGCCGAGCUCGUCCGCUGAGCCUCUGCCGAGCUCGUCGGCUGAACCCCCGUUGAGCUCGUCCGCUGCCCCGUCGUCGAGCGCUGUGCCGGAACCAUCUUCCAGCACCACUCCAGUUCCCCCGUCGAGCACCCCCGGUCCAGAGCCAACUACACCCUCCCCCUCUUCGUCCGAGGACGCAUCAGCCACCGAAACCACGUCCUCCGCUGACGACUCCUCGCAGAUCUCUCUGCCUUCGGCUUCAGCUACUGCCACGACCACCGGCAGCGGCCCGACUCCCAGCACCACUGAGCCCCGUCCUGAUGACAGCUGGUUCCCCCUCGUCCCCUACUGGGGCGAGGACGGCAGACUCCACUGGCGCCGCCCAGGCCGCAAAGGUGGCCAGUUCGGCUGGGGCAGCUGGGGCAGCUGGGGCUGGGGCAGCCGUGGUGGCAAAGGUCGCAAGAACCACCACCAUGACUAA